UCCUUGGCAUAUGGAUUCAACAUUACCGUACCGCUCAGUUUGCCCUUGAAUGUCUGCCCACCGACAUCAAAAUCAGCCGACCCUUGGUCAUUGGUUCCAACUCGUUUACGGCAUGCAUUUUACGUACCAGCGCGAAACAUCAUCCUGCUUAAUACAACCCCACCCAAGGGGAGCGAGAUCCAACGAGCCGCCUUUCGCCGAUGUUUUUAUGUCUUUAUUGCCCUCACGGAGCUUUACCACAUCAUCACGCUAAACUCGAGCCCUUGCGUCCGCUGGUACUUUGCUGCAGCGCGCAUCCGAUCGCGUACAUACAUGCAAAAAAAUGGAAGAAAACGCAUAAAACAUCACACGCCUUGAAACUGCAUCCGAGCCUAGCUGGAUUGUAUCGUUCUGCCGUUCGACUGGUCGUCUCGAUGAGUGAGCUAACUCAGCGGUCUAAGCGGACAGUGGUACAUAGUACAGGAUAUACAUUUCCCAGUUCAACUCAAUCUAGCUUCUGCGAGCAAGCAGAAUAGUAAAUAUCAGUCAGUCGUCUACUUUCAAGCAGUUCAGCUCGCGGAAACGAACACUUUGCCCAGUUCAAACUAUCCAGCCUCUCCGUACCAGCUCGUGUGAACUAACGCUUCCAAUGGUCAAUCUAUCCCGAGCAGCGAUUGCGCGGAUUUACGCUGAACCAUUCAGCAACACUGCUCUCCAGCAUGUCGAGUUGCUGUGCAAACUGGUGGAAGGAUGUCGCGAUGCGUUGGCCACGUGGAAAAGCUUGCCUGAGCGAAACAUGAUCGAAACAAUCGAGAUAGCGCAACGUUGCUGUGCCGAAUACCGCAUUGUGCAGUCCAUCGUAUGCCGGGACGAGUUGGAGAUCAUCGGUGCGUAUGCACGGCUGAUCGCACUGCGUUCGGAAUGGAUAAAACUGCUGAUCAUUGUAAAGUUUCUAAAGAACGACUAGUGAUGAGCAUGUUUGCCUUCUUAUUUUGUUAUUAUUAUCCGUACAAACUGCAAAGAAACCAUUCUCUACGCCAUCAACGUUUUGAGCAAUAAAGAUU